AAAUAAGCCGUGGAUCCUUCGUCCUUACCGGGUCCCAACUACUAUGCGCUCUCAGCAACAUAUCAUAACGGUAUAAAUUGACUCUUCCUUAAUCUUAGCAUAUCUAUGGUCGAAUUUGCAAAACAUGGCAUCAGAACACACGGUCACGAAGGUCUUAUUGGAGUGGAUCAACAGCUUCUCCCUGGGCAAGAUACUCCGGGCCACAGAUGAACUGACUGACGGGAUCAUUCUGUGGGAGAUCCUACAGGAUAUUGAUCCCCAGUACUUUUUGGACGAGCUACCAGAACGCAGCCCAUCAGGCCAUUGGGUUGCAAAGUGGCAGAACCUCAAGCAUAUCCACAAACUCCUCGUUAGCUAUAUUCGGCACAAGAACGACGACGAGCUUCCCCCCGGACUCGAUCCAACCCCAGAUCUUGACGCCAUCGCGGCAAAGGGCUCUGUCAGAGAAACGAAUAAGCUCCUAAAGCUUCUCCUUAUCGCGGCAAUCAGCUCCCCCAACGCUGAGACCUACGUCCAAACCCUCCAGACCUUAAGCACUUCCACUCAAGAGGGACUCAAGGAUAUUAUCGAAGAGGCACAGAAUGGUCAGCAUGAACCAAUUGACAGCGAAAAUGAGGACAAUGAAUAUCCGUCGAAGCGAGAGAUUCCCGUCGACCUCGAGUUGCAGUUUGAAGAGCGAGUUGGGAAGGUGCUCGCCGAAAACGAUCGUUUAACGAACGAAAAAAAGGAGCUGGAGAAGGCAUUGGAGGAUUUACAUAACCGCUUGGCACGUUUGCAAGAGAAUAACGAUACCUUGCAGGUUCGUCUUGCUUCAACCGAGGACCGACUGGUGACAUUGAAGUCCGGGAAAGGCGAUAUUGGGUUGAGUGCCAAAGCGCUGGAGACCAGAACCCGUCAGCAAGAGGAUCUUAUUGCUUCCCAGGAAGCAAAAUUAGCGGCAUCUCAGGAUGAGAUUGACCGCCUACAGAUGUCUCUGGAGUCUUUGCGUGUAAAGAACCAACGGUUCCAAAAGCUACAGGACGAUUAUGAUGAGCUGAAGACGGAAAGAGAGCAGCUUAUUCGAAAGGCUAAUGCAGCCGAGAAGUAUCGCCAAAAGUUACAAGCUAGUCAGGAUUUCGAAAAGGAGAGCCAAACUCUCAAAAAUCAGAUUAAGGACCUCCAGCAGCAGUUGAAGGAGGCUGACUCUCAGCAUCGAUGGGCCGCUGAGCGAGACGUCGAACUUGAGGAAUAUAGGAGAUUACUCCCACACAUCGAACAAGACCGUCAUGAGAUUCAGAACUUGAAGAAGCAGCUGGAAUUCAAUAACCAUGCUCUGACAGAGCGACUCAGGGAUGCAGAAGAACAACGAGAAAGAGACGAUGCACUAAUAAGCGAGCUGCGCGACCGUAUUCGAGAACUAGAAGGCUUGCCUGGAAGUCCAUCGCCUUCGUCAGAUAUGGAGACUCCGAAAUUAGAGGGUACUCUCCAAAAGGACUUUGAGGAUAUCGGAGCUAAGGAGCCCCAGCUAAAACCCGAAAGCGAGGAGUUGAAGAAGGGUGCUGAAUUGGACGCUUACCCCGAGGAUUUCGUCCUGACCGUCCAACAAGUGCAAACGAAGUCUCUUCAAAGUGAGGAAUAUUGGAAGCUGUAUGAGAAUUACGCAGCGCUGCGUAAGAAGUUCGCAGAUGCUGAAGACUCUCUCGCAACAACAAAUCGAAAGCUCGAAGAUUCCUUAUCAGAGCUUGCCCUUGUUGGCAAAGAAAAAAUUGAUAUAAUCCACGAAGUUAAGGAAAGCAAUUCUACAGAAUUGACUACGAUGCGUAACGAAUGGGACGCUGUUAUCCAAAAGAUACAUCAUUUAGAAGCGGAGGCCGACGCGAGCCAUGCGUUAGCAAGAGAGGUGUGCAUCGAACGCGAUGAGCUCCGUGGAAUCCUUGACAGCAAACAAGCAGAGUUCAAUACGGAGAAUGAGGAGUCAUUGAAAGAAAUGAAAGCACUCCUUGCAGAAUUUUCCGCCCUCACCAAUGGUGAUGUGUCGGACACAAGCCAGAAAUCAAGCGUUGAGCUUCUAAAGCAAUUUGCGGAGUUGACGGAGAAGAAUAUCGAAAGACUUGCAAAGCGUGCAGAGUAUAUUGAGCAACAAAACGAAGUCAUUGAGUCGUUGCGCGAGAGAAUCAAAAGCUAUGGAGACAUCGAGAAUACAGUCAGCAAAGAGCGCGAGCUCGAACUGCAGGAGGUGAUCGAGGCUCGAGAUAGGGAGCUCUCCCUCAUAAGCUCUGCUUGGUAUGAUCUGCAGAACCGUUGGCGGAACAACAAUAUCACAGUCUCGAGGUACCGCCGCGGACCUGCCAAUGGGGCAGAUACCAAGAAGGGCUGGCUGGCAAAGCAAAGGGGCAUAGUUGCCGGUCAAUAGUUAUUGCAUACCUGGAGCAACGGCUUACGCUCAGUUCUAAAGAUUCGCACUUACACAUACAUUAUGCUUCGUCUCUUUGUAUAUUGCUCCUGCGUUUCUUCAAGCCAUGUUUACAUUCACACUACUGAGUACAUACAGUUGAUUGACUAUCCACUCUGCAGAGAACUUACGGUGUCUGCCAUACGUUUUCAAUUCAUAUCUUUUCAACUGCUGUCCACAAUUUCUCUUGUUAAAAGUGAAAAAUGCAAAGAUUGUGCAUAUUACUUCAUUCUAGAUACUUGUAUAGAUAUGAUUCACUCACUACUUUAAUGACAUGCCAUUCUAGCUUUGGGAU